CCAUUUUCGGAAGUCUAUGGUGUGUGCUAUGGAUGUUUACUUCAACAGAUCAUCCUAGGAAUUGUAAACGCAUAUCACAAAAAGAGUAUGAAUAUCUUACGGCGAAUAUUGUGCACAGUAACAAUCGAAAAUCAGAAGAUUGGAUAUUAUCGUGCAACGCUCAGCUCAAAGUGGCCCAGUAUCUCAGCACAUAUCAGUGGUGUCAGUGGAUCACCUGGUCAGCCUUCUUUCCUCAAGAACCUUGGAAUGACAAGAGAUUUGAUCGUUUACGCGGGUUCUGAUCCUAGGCUCGAUUCCCUGAAGAAACUGAGUUCAGUUCCUUACGCACGUAUGUUCACUUCGCCACCAUUUCUCGCCCAACUGUUGUGUUUCUACACAACAAAUCUCACUAUGACAUUCUAUCACUUCUAUAUGCCUUCAUUUCUGAAGGACGUUCUUUAUCUGGGCGUUAUCGCCAAUGGCACUUUUUCAUCACUACCAAACGUGGUGAACCUUGUUUGCAAGAUCUCUUGGGGUAUUCUGAUGGAUCGACUGAAAUCGAAGAAGCUCAUCACCCCAACGUUCGCUGUUCGUAUUUCACAAAGUGUCGGAGACGUCCAAGAAUGGGGUCAUGAUGAUGUAAAAGAAAAGGAAAAACCUGUGGAAAAGGUCGACGAAAUCGUUCUCGUCAAAAGCAGAAGGACCGAUUCGAUCUGUGUGGAAUAUGAAUAG